CGUUUGAACUGAGCUCAGCGAGGGCGUCUCUGAUGCGCUGGGGAGGCGCCUAUCAACCACCGGAGCUGCCGCUGCGGCCGCUGUUGUCCAGACUGCGGAGCGGACGUCCUCCAGGCGAGCGAGACUUUGGGGAGAUGGACCUGCCUUUGGAGGAACCUCCAGCCCAGCCUCCAUCAAAGCUUCUAUCACCACCUCCAAAUUCUGCUCCUGUGUGUGAGCUCCGGACUGCUGUGUCUUGUUUUGCAGAGGAGACUGUGUCACUGCUCUCAGUCAAUGGCUUGUUAAACCAUUCUCUGCUCAGGACAGCCGGCAGCCUGGGGCCACAGCAGAAAGAUCAAGGGGUGCCCUCAACCAUGGCCCGACGCAAGCGAGAAUUCACUCCAGAUGAGAAGAAGGAUGAUGGUUACUGGGAUAAGAGGAAGAAGAACAAUGAAGCAGCCAAACGCUCUCGAGAGAAACGGCGGGUCAGCGACUUAGCCCUGGAAGGACGGGUUUUGGCACUGCUGGAGGAGAAUGCCCGCCUUAAGGCAGAACUCCUGGCCCUCAAGUUCCGCUUUGGCUUGAUCCGGGAUCCAGGAGAAGCUUCACAGCCAGCACUUGCGCUUGCCAGUGAACUCCAUCGGUCAGUCACUGUACCCCAGCACUUCCCCGUGGCUCCUGAGCCAACCCGCUGCCCUUGCACCUUCCGUCCAGAGACAGCUACCAGCUCUGAGGACUCUGGCUUCUCCACCCCCGGCAGCUCCAACCUGGGUAGCCCUGUCUUUUUUGAGGACCGUGACAGGACAGAGGAAGGAACCAUGUAUGAGGGGCGCUGCCUAGUGCCUGAUGCUCCAGCUGAUGGAGCUGAUCUGGGCCGUGUUGGCCAUUACGACUCUGGGGAGAGCAUCAAAGGCCUUCCCCACAAGCUGCGCUUCAAAAUGGCAGUAGGGUCAGAGGAGAUAGUUGGAGAACAAUCUGGACAAUGCCCACCUUCUCCACCAGGAGGAACCUGGAGGGGGCUGGUGACACAGAAGGAGCAGCCAGCCAUAGGGGGUUCUGCAGGUAUCCUGGCAUUUGAGGGUGGUUGUGAAACAGAAGUCCCUGGGGACCGGCUGCCUCUUCCCCAAGAACUUGGGUACCAGGCAGAGAAUAGUUCCCUGCAGAAUCAGCUGGCCUCACUUUCAGCUGAAGUGGCCCAACUGAAAAAACUGUUCUCUGAACAAAUCCUCAUCAAGAUGAGCUGAAGGGAGGGAAGCAAGGAUAGAAGGUGGUCACUUCUCUUCUUUCCUAGGGCUACCAGAUAUUGGCUGCAAAAAUCUGAAUUACCACUACAUGGUAGGAAAGAGCUAACUUUUUAUGCAUUUCUUUGCUGCCACAUGAGGUAAUCAAGAAUUAUGCAGCCCAAAUCUAGUAUCUUUAUUUUUUCUGUAUCCCACCUUUCAGUGCCUUACGUGUCUCUAUUUGCAUACAUUUAGCCCCAUGAGUUUAUUUUUUUUGUAAAGGUUUGUAUUAAGAAAAACUCUCCUCCUUUUAACUGUGUGCCCUUUCUUGCUCUUUCCAGUGGUUUUCCAAAAUUCUACAUUCAAGGAACAUCUACAUGAAUUUCCCAUCAUGUAAUUAUGGGAGACCACCUAGCAUGGGAAUGCUUGGUUCAGUUUUGGUGGGGUGAAUGGGGCACAGCUACUGCUAGCAUCCUGGAAGGAAAGACUGAUGGGGCUCAGCAAUGUGUCAGUCUUUGGGAACUGUCCUGUUUUCCAUGCCUAAGAAAGAUGUUGCUAACCCAGAUGAACCUCAGUUAGAUAAAUGCUUCCUUCUCUGAAAAGUAGGCAUUUCCUGGAUCAGGCCAAGGGAUCAUUGAAUUCAGCAGCCACCAGGAUGCAUUUUGGAAGCUAGAAACUUAGAUCUGAGGGCAAAAGCUCUUCAUUGUUGCUCCCCAGCAGCUGUUACACAAGGUACACAUCCCCUGCAUAGUCCUUAAGACUAAUAACCAUUGACAGUCUGAUUAUGGCUACCUUAAAUGGUCUGCAAAACUCUGAAUGACCACUGGAUGGCAGCAAAGAGCCAUUUAGUGAUGGCCUGGAUUUUUGCAUCCUGGAUCUUGUAACCCUAAGCCUGAUCUUCCAUGAAGCUAUGUAUUCCCUUUAAAAAUUAGUGGUCAUCUAACUGAUCUGAGCUUCUAGGAGACAACCAUUAUAAAAUUGUUCCUGUGUAUUUCCUCAGCCCAAGUCAAUUCCAGGCUGCCUUUUAUAGCUUCCUUCUCCCCAUACCUGUUUGGUUUCUGUAGGUGGGAAAGUUGAAGUAAUUAUGAUGAGCACACAGAUGCUCUAGCCAGGCUCAUCAGCUGUCAAGAUGGGUAAACACAGUGAAAUCAGUUAGCAAAUUGAUCUAGGGCAAAGACUCUGGAUUUCUCAUGUCUUGAACUGCCUUUCCCAGUAUUUCAGAUGUGCCUGGAAACCAAGCCCCCUGACUAUCCUUGAGGUUUGAGAACAUGCUAAAGGUACUCUGCAUGUGUUCCAACAUACUUUUCUUUAUUCAUAUUUGACUGUUUCAGUAUGAAAACUUGACAUUGCAAAUACUCAGCUGAAGAACAGUUGAUUAGUUGUCUGUUUUUGAUGUUUGUUGUUUCAGUGAUUUAAUAAACACAUGGAUUACUGUA